UGACACUGACGUAUGUAAAUGGCAAUAAAUUGAACUUAAAACUACGAAAAGUGUAAAAACAUUUGCUUUAUCAAUACGAAGAAAAAUACUUAUUUCUGCUGGUAGUUUAAGGCUAUUUGAUUACUUCGUAAAUACCAAAGUCCACUUGUCAAGAUUUCGCAACCGGUGUGUAAUUACCUAAAAUGGAUAGCUCUGAAACUAUUAUCGAAUCGGUGCAGGGAACAAUUAAAGUAGUAACUUAUAAUAAGCCUAAGAGGAAAAAUGCAAUUGACUUUGAUAUGUAUAAGAGAGUAACAAGGAUCCUUAAUGAUGGAGCGAACGAUAGCAACGUGUCUAUGAUGGUGUUCACUGGAGCAGGAGACUACUUCAGCAGUGGCAAUGACUUGGUUGCUCUAAGGACAGCACAUACACCCAGUUUCCUCACAGUGCUACAUGAUUUUAUUGAGGCCUUCAUUACAUUCCCUAAGUUGCUGGUAGCAGUUGUUAAUGGGCCAGCUGUAGGCAUUGCUGUAACUACUUUGCCGCUUUGUGACUUGGUGUUUGCUGCAGAGAAUGCAUUUUUCUAUACUCCAUUUGGAAAGCUAGGUAUUACUGCUGAAGGAUGUUCAACUUUUACAUUCCCAAGGAUUAUUGGCUAUGGAAAGGCUUUGGAAAUGCUAGUGUUCAACCAAAAGAUGAAUGCAAAAGAAGCUCUAAAUUAUGGAUUAGUUAACUGUGUUUACAAACCAGAGGAAGUUCAAACUAAGGUAUGGAACAAGCUAGUUGAAAUGUCUAACGUUUCAAAUGAUCUGUUGACAACAACUAAGAGACUGAUGAGAAGUUCCAUACAGGACAAGUUGUUGAAAGUGAAUGAUGAAGAGAUCCGUCUACUGAAUGAGGCCUGGUCUUCCAGAGAGUCAAGUGAAAAUAAUUCUGAUACUGUAAAAAGUAAAAUUUAAAGUAUAAUGUACUUACUGGCUUUAUGCAUUUAAAUAUAUAUGGUUAAGAGAAUUGAGUAUAAACAGUAUAACAAAAAUGUGAUAUAUUGGUGUAUUGAAUUGAGAGUGCAAUAAUAUUCAUGUUAUUUUAUUAAUUGUAUGGGUAAUUUUAUUUAUUUUUAAACUUGACACUGCCUCUGUUUCAUUUGUAUUAGAAAUAAUAUGUGUAAUAUACUUUGAAGUCUGGCACAAUUUGUAGUAAGUCACUGUUCUACUGACAGAAUUAUUUUGCCAAACUAUACAAAUGGAAUAAAAAUAGUCUUUAUCAUACAGACAUUUUUUUUAGAACUGCACUUACCUAAUUAAAUUAUCAAUAUCGACCAUCUAGAUUCGUCCAUAAA